AUAGUAUACAAAAAGCCAAAGAACAACAAGUUGAAGUUGCACGUCUGCUCGAGCUGAUAUAUCAGAAAUCCUCUUUCAAGAUUUCUUCCAGGAUCACUAGGUCAGAUCAUAUUAAUGUCUUGAGAUUAGACCAUAUACUGUGUAUAACAUGGAUUCUGUAAUUUGAUAUAACUAGUAGUACCGUCACUCAAUCACGGUCACUGUAUUCUGUAAUCACAGCAGCAGACAAUUCGACAACCACUCGACUCGGAUCCGACCAGCUGCACAAUUUUUGUAGCGACUUGUCAGCCUCUUCCCCGACGAGCCCCUGUCGUGUGGCUGUCCAUCCACCCCAUAGAGUUAAAUACUUACUAGUAUAUGAUCCACCCACAUUUAUAAUCGCACUCUGCCUCUUGCCUUUCACGUUCCUACGUUUUAGCAAUAGCAGUAGCUCAAGCUGAAGGAUAUUCUUCUGUCAUUUUAGACGCGGGAUUUGUCUGACAUGUCUGAGAUUAGCUGACGGACCAAUAAUAUAUUAUCAGAAAGAAUUGGACUAAAUUUAGUGUGAAUCUCUGUGAAAUUGAAAAAAAAAGUGCAUGGCGAGCAAAGCCUCCAAAGGAAGUUUGCAGUAGAGAGGUAGAGGUGAAUAUUGAUGAGUAAAAAUGGAAGUGUUGGGGUUGAAGAUAACUCUUAUGUUUGUUCUAACAUUGACUUGUUUCUUCUUUGCACUGAUUCCUCUGAGGAUAGCUAAACUUGUAACAAAUGCCAAUGGGAAUCCAAAUAGACCAAACAUUCAGAGACAAGCAAAACGGGUGAUGAGCUUCCUCGGUUGUUUCGGUGGUGGUGUAUUUCUGUGCACAUGUCUACUGGACCUCUUGCCACAUGUACGGGAUAAGCUGAGCUCUUAUUUUGAUCGCCAAGAGAUACACACAUCAUACCCAGUAGCAGAAUUUGUUGUAGCUUGUGGAUUUUUUCUUGUGUUGAUCAUUGAACAGACGGCAUUAGAGUAUAAAGAGAAAAGUGAUUCUUCAAAGCCCGAGAAGGAAUUUCAUGCACCUGAUGCUGGAGAACUUGAAACAAAUACGCCACUCUUGCCUGAAGAAGAAGUACGAUAUGAAGGAACGAGCAAUCAACGUUGCGAUUAUGGUAGUUUCCAGCAGGAAUGCAACUCCAGUCUUAAUGUUCAUGGGAAUGCAAAGCUGCAGAGAUCGCUAUCAAAUCGCAGUACCAGGGAUAUAAAUGCAGAUGAAGCAGAUAACCAUGAUCUCCAUUCCCACUCAGCCCUUCGUUCGUUGCUUCUCCUCCUGGCUCUUUCUCUGCAUUCUGUCUUCGAGGGCUUAGCCAUGGGACUGCAGACGGACAACCAAGAGCUCCUGGCAAUAUUCACUGCUGUGAUCAUCCACAAGAACAUCCUCGCUUUCAGCCUCGGUAUGAACCUGGUCCAGAGCCAUCUUUCUAGGUGCUCCGUCGUCCUCUCCUGCUUGUGCUUCGCCAUGAUGGCACCGAUUGGAAUUACACUGGGAAUCAUCCUCAUCGAGAGCAUCUCCGACUUCACGCAAACCAUCGCGGAUGGUAUCCUUCAAGGUAUUGCCACUGGAACCUUCCUGUACGUCACCUUCUUUGAAGUGCUCCCUCAUGAGAUGAAUUCCAGCAAGGACAGACUUCUCAAAGUGCUCUUUUUAGUCCUAGGUUUCUCAACUAUGGCUGGACUUCUCUUCCUAGACCCAAGUUAAACAUAUCAUCAGACCAACUUGUUACAGAGGGGUUCAGCCUGUAUGAUGGUUGCAUGUAUAUCUUUUCUUACAGCAUUUUACAUUCCUUGUAAUUAUGUAGACUGGUUUAAGAUCUGAAUCCAUCAGGCAAGUGUAAUUGAGGUGUAGAUUCUCCCUUUUUUAGGGAAUUUUUCUAAUUCCAUUCCAGACAUCAGUGUGUGCCAAAAUUGAAAAAAAAACAAUCGCUACAAAGGAUGUAUACGUAUUACAUUGUAUGCAAAGAUUUAUCAGGUACAUUACAUUUUAUCAAUUAUUACUUAUGAACAGAGCACAGUGCUUUGAUGAAUAUUGAUGAAAAAUAUCAAUAGAAACUGUCAACAAGAUAUUUCUAGGUAUGCAUACUUAUGUAGGCCUAAAUGUAUCGAAGAUUGGUCAUUGUAUCUUUAAUCUGUUUAUUUGUAUUUCUUUUGCUGCGUUCGUUUAAUUUCUAUCCAAUGAAAUCCAAUGAAAUAUCGCUCUUUCAUUGAUUGAUUCAUGAUACGUGUAGAUCAUGAUUGGUAACAUUGGCUUAAAACUGUAUAUAUAUUCAAACAUACAGGCGAAUAAAGUUUUUUUAUUUGAUUAGGACCAAUCAGGCUAUGAUGAUUCAGUACAUGAAAUUGGACAAUUUCUUGUAUGAUUUAGCUACAUGUAUGAUGUUGAUGUUGAGAUCAUAGGUCAGGCUUCAUACCUAUAAUCCAGCCAUCAAGUAUAUUUGAAAAAAAUAUUACAUUAGUGAUAGCUCGGUUGAAAAGAAAAGUCUAUCCCAACUUCAGUGUCAACUUAGGUUUGGUCUUGUGACCGGUGUAAAAAGAUGUUCAAGCACCUACCUCAUUUCAUGUGAGUUGGGAUGGGUGUGUUGGGAUUUUUGCCACCUACAAGUACAUGUAAACGCAUGUACAUGUACAGUGUUGUUUUACCUUUUGGAACGUGUCAAUAAAGAGCAAUGUUAAAAGAGGUUAUCUUUAGAAUAUAUUUUUUCUGAUGCUGAAGAGCUCAAGCUAUUAUAGGUUUUUUGUUUAUUUGUGCAACAAUCUGUACUUAUAUUUCUCCAUUAUUUGUGAUACAACUCAAGAUUAUCUACUGUUGCACUAUCAUUUUCAAAUGUUUCAUCCCUUAUUGGACUUUGCAAAUUGAUGUAUGGAUUAAAUUCAUUAUUUUUCUGUAGUAGACAAAGUCAUAAAAAAUCAGAGGUCGAUUACUACCACUUUAACUUACUUGAGAAAACGUUUAGCUCUUCCCCCUCAAUAUGCCGGCCACCACCCAUAGUGUCCCAUAACAGGUCUACAUACGCUGUACAAAAUGUUGAUUUGUUUUAAUACCAUAAUGAUCUACAUACAAUAUCACAUAAUUAGGUAUUUUUCCCAUUUUGCAUGCUGCAAUGUACAUGAACAUAAACUGAAAAAAACUGUAUUCAUAAGACCUAGACAAGGAAAUACUAUAAUUGUGAUCAUGUUUCUUGUCUUUCUCUGUGUGUGAUUUAAUAGGUUUCAUUUUUAGAGCUAUGUUCAGACGACAAGGACAGCAUUCUUUGACCCAGACCCAAGCCCUCAUAAACGUGGGAUUGAGUCUAUGGAAAACAUGAUAUAGCAAAAUCAAUUCAGUCUCCAAGGAUAGAUUACACUCCACUUUACACUCUAGAAUAAAAGAAAUGGUCCAGUUAGCCCACUCUUCAGGCUCUGAGUGUAAUUAAAGUAGAGUUUAAUCUGCCUGUCAAACAGUCAAUGAAUGUUGUUUGCCUUUGUUAUGUCACAUGAUGACUCUUGUAAAAAAAACAUGUGAUCAACUCAUGAUAACCUACAGUGUGAUUGUAAACUAGUACAAUGGUCACAUGUAGAAAUGAAAGGAAAUCUAAAAUGACGCUAUCAAUUUGCACAGAGUGUGAUAAUGGGUUAUUUUCUGUUGCUGUUUCGUAUACCAGUGCAUUUGUAGGUUUCAAAUUGCGCAUUUUGGGGAUUCUGCAUUUUCAAUUUUCUCUCGCUCACUGUACAUUGUGUGUAUGUGAUGUACACUGUGAUCUUAAUUAAAGGUCACUGUGUAAGCUACAACACAUAAUGUAGAAACCUACAGUUAAAUUAAUGAAUUACCAAAAUAAUGAGUCUCAGGGUUAAUGUGUUACUCAUUCUGAUAUUAUUUUUUUAUAAACCCUAGGGCCUAUAUUCACAUUUCACAAUCUCAUUCAGAUAAGACAAAGCUUAGUUUUUUCAUUGUGCUACAUUCAGAAAUAAAGAUGGCCUUUAUCAAUUACUUAUGUGAAUUGGCAGUACACUUUUCAAGAAGUUCUAGUCAGAAAUCUGACCACAUAUAGGUAUGUGGACCAAUUUUGAUGAGCACUAUAACUCAGUGAUUUUCAUAAGUUUGUCCACAAGUGCAACCCUGGAUAGAUCACUUUGCAGUCGCUUUAAUAAAAAGUAAUUGAUUGAUGCAUAGUGGAAGUCUUUUCGUAGCCUUGCUUUGAAAGAAAUUUUGUUUGCAGAUUGCAAUGUUUGUUUUUUCACAUCCCAUUGACUCUAAACAAGAAAUGGUGCUGGAUUGUGUUGUGUCAUGUCUGGGUGAUGCUUAAUUGUGUAUUGUUUUAUCUCAGUGGAAACAAGGAAGAAAAAUUCUGUUUCAAAAUUUAUCCACUCUUAAUUAUUUUAUUUUAUUAAACAUAAAGCUGUUAUUAAGGUCGGGCUUUGUCUUUGAACAUUAACAUUUAAAUCCCAGCUUUAUGAAAAGUAAUCAAGAAAUAUGUAUAUGUCACUUUUUUACUUUUACAAAUUUCAUGCAAAAUCUAAUUUUUCCUUCAUUAUUUCCAUUGAUCACAGAUGUAUACUGUAGGAACUCUUUGAACAGAGGUCUUCAAAUAUGCCCAGUAGACAAAUUAAAAGUAUUUAAAGAGUUAAAUACUGUAUAUACAAAAACAUGAUUGCAUGUUCGUGAAGUAUCACAGAUAAAAAAGACGUUAUGAACAAAAAUGCAAUUGUUUUUACAAAUUAGUAAAGUUACAUGUAUUAGUUCUUAAUAAUAUGACAUAAUACCCACAUACAUGUAUAUUGUAACCAUUCUGAAUCGGUUUUUGCUUAGAACUUGUCACCUGUGUGUGAAUUUUUCAUGUAUAUCAAGGUAUGUUUUCAUUUUCAUUCAAGCUGACAGAGGUUAAAAUAACCAAACCAAAGCACAAGCUCCUCCCACUAUUGAAUAAAGAAGUUUUAUACUUUCUAAUUUCCAUAGGACCAAUUGUCAUAACAUUAUGCCAUGGGAUAUGUCCAAUGGAUUCAUGAAAUAUCUAUAGGAAGUAAUGUCUUGCAAUUACUUUAUUUAUGAUUUAAAGUAAACCUUUUAAAGUGCCUUUCAUAAGUACAUUUAAUCAGGGCGUCGAUCCACAUUUUGGAUGGGGGGGGGGGUUAAAACAGUGAAAAACCCAAACUUUUUGGUGCACAUUGCAUGUCAAAUUACAAUACAGCAUUGUGUGUACAAAGUGCCCCAAAAUUGACAAAUUUUUAUAUGCUUGAUAGUAUUUUCAUGCCAAGUUUCAUACGGCUUUCCAAUGCUUUUUAAAUUUAUAUUUGAAGUUCAUACAAAUCAAUUUUUUUUAAGUUGUCAGAAUUAUUGGGGGAGGGAGAAGAGUCAAUAUGUUUGCUCCCAAUAUAUAUAUAUGUAUUGGAUCGAUGCCUCUGCAUGUAGUUAUUUUGUUUUGUGUGUAUGAUCUGAUAUAUAUUAGUCAACUGAAUUGAUACAUUUAUUCACAUAUGUCUGCAUUGAUAUAUCUUCCAAAUUAUGAUCAGUAUUAGUGUAAAUAAGAAGAGACACAUAUUUUAAUUCAGCAUUAUUCACAUAUGAAAAUGUACAAUUACUUCAUUUUAUGGCCAGUGUCAUUUUAUUUCUAGGAGAUAAGAUAUAUAUAACCCUGGUAAUUCCAUGUCUUUUCGAUUGAUAAUUAAUUUUGGUUGAGUAUCAAUUACUGAAGCUUGAUGCGAUUUGAGAUUAAGUAUUAAUUAGGAAUACUGUAACUGAUCAAACCGGGGGGGGGGGGGGGGAGAGAAGGGGAGGUUACAAAUGGAAAGUACAAUUUGUAGAUGCUGUGCAAUAUAUCUUUUCAAUGCAUGCUUUGUGAAAGAAGAGAUUGAUUUUUGUAAAUUGUCACAAUAAAUGUAGCAGAAUUAAGUGUCUUGAAUUGGGAAGGGGAGACAUGAUACAAAAUUAUAAUCGAGUGGAAAUUAUCAGGCUUUUUAUCAUUUAAAAUUGAUGCAAACAAACUAUUUUCAUGUCAUUUUGCUUAUCUGAUAGUAUUUUUGAUGUUGCAUACAGUGUACUUAUCUAAAUGUAGUGCAUCAUGACAAACAUUUAGUUGCCACCGUUAUUGAUGGGAAAUGCAGAAAAUAGUAUACCAUAUUUAUACAGUAACACCUCAGUCACAUUUCUCCUACAGCGGUCGUAUGGCGAGUCGAAACCAACUGUUUUAACAUCUUUUUUACCAGAUACGGCCACCGUAGGGGAAAUGUGUCUGAGGUAUAAGUGCUUAUCCCAGUUGAAUUGAAAUCAUCAAAUCUAAUUCAAAGUAUUCAUGAAUAUUACUAUCUUGUUAAAGUGACAAAAAAAAUGAAAAAAAAGAAAUAUAUGCUGUUAAUGUCAUAUGUGCAGUUCAGAUCUUUAUGUGAUUUUGCUGCAAGAUCAUCACGAAAUAUUCUGAGAUUCUUACUAAUUACCGAAGAAAAUAACUCUUUGUAUUUUUAUUAGAGUUAGUGCAUUCAUUUAGACUAUGUAUUAUUCUUCAUAUGAUCCUUUGCUUCUGACUUUGGUGGAAAUCAAGAACAUGUGUGUGAUAUACAUGUACAUAAUAGUAUUUUAUAUUUUAAGUUACAUUUACAUGUACCUGUUGGAACUGAGGACAAACUGAAGUGUAAGGAUGUCCUCAGUCUCCAAAGUAACCUUUACCCAAUUUACGCUCGUUCAUAAUAGGCUAUAGCAAUUAGAAAUAGUGAGACUUUCCAUAUAAUUAGACAAUCCGCUGGGAGAUCAGUUUUCGGAACCGAGCCAACCUUGGGUCAAAUAUGACGUUAGUAUUAUUAUCAUUAUAAUCCAAUCUAAGUCUUUUAUCAAACUUGUACUCUCAGUCUCAUGUAUACAACUUACAUCUGUAGGCCAACCUACAAAAUCAUGCUUAGUUUCAAAAUGUCUCUCUUUCAACAGUACCAUGAAUUUGUUGCUGAUGUUUUUUUGUUCGUGACUUGAAUUCCUAUUCGUGUGAAAGUAUUGAUGAUAUUAAUAAACAAUAUUAUAUGAAUACAGA